GAUGUAAGCCUCAACUCCACAGAAUUUAAUAGCAAAAACAAUUGUAGCCUGGGAAGGGCUCUGGAAUUCUUUGCAUCAGCUUAAGAAGAUUUAACAACUUUGAGUUCAAUCCAGAGGGUAAAGCUUCCAAAGAAUGAAGAUUUUGAUAAUGAUUGAUUUUGUCCUUGCAGCUAGCUUGAUGGAUGCCAUUGGCAGCUCUGAUCUACAGAACUGUUUUCAAGAGCAGAUACAACUUCAGGGUCAGGUGAGGCUUCUGGAACAUCGUGUGAAACAGCAGCAGUUAAAAAUUAUACAGCUUUUAGAGAAGAAAGACAUUCAGUACAGUGGCAGAGGAGAUGAAAACAGUGUCAUUGACUUGGGAGGAAAAAGACAGUAUUCAGACUGUGCAGAAAUCUACAAUGACGGCCAUAAGCAAAGUGGAUUUUAUAAGAUGAAACCUAUCCAGAGUCCUGCUGAAUUCAUGGCCUUCUGUGACAUGUCUGAAGGGGGUGGUUGGACUGUUUUUCAGAGACGUUCUGAUGGCAGCCAAAAUUUUGAUAGAGUCUGGACUGACUAUGAAGAAGGCUUUGGAAAUUUUGUUUUGACAAAUGGUGAAUACUGGCUUGGAAAUAGAAAUCUUCAUUAUUUGACUAAUCAGGGGAACUAUACUUUAAGAAUUGAUCUAACCGAUUUUGAAGGAGAACGGCGUUUUGCACAAUAUACAAGAUUCAGAGUUGCAGGAGAAGAGCAUUCUUAUGAGAUGAGUUGUGGUGAAUACUCUGGCACUGCCGGUGAUUCCCUCACAGGUGGAUUUCAUCCUGACGUAAAAUGGUGGGCUGAUCAUCGAGGAAUGAAAUUCAGUACUAGAGACAGGGAUAAUGACAACUAUGAAGGGAACUGUGCUGAAGAGGAAAAGGCUGGAUGGUGGUUUAACAGGUGUCACUCUGCCAAUUUGAACGGUUUGUACUACAAAGGCCCCUAUACCGCGAAGACAGACAACGGGAUCGUUUGGUACACUUGGCAUGGGUGGUGGUAUUCUCUGAAAUCCGUUGUCAUGAAGGACUACUGACCUAUCAGAAAAAGGAACUGACGUGAAAACAAAGAACAAAAUAGAUUGCCCAGACAAUGUUAGUGUUAAUGAUUUUGUAACCUUGUAUGUUUGGCUUUUUCUUUUUUGUUACAGUUCAUUAUACUUCAAAUUAAUCUUUAGACUGCACAAUAGCCAAAAUAACACAUCUAAAUAAUAAUUCAAAAUGUAUCUGGUUUAUUAAUAACUUCAUUUACAAUACCUUUUCAGUAUGAAACAUCAAAAGUUCAUAAUUUCAUGGACAAAUCCUAAUGCAUUGGAGGUGAAGAGUGCUGUAGACACACGUGGCCCUUCUCAUUUACUUGGCAUUUUCCAACAAAAAAAUGUUGUUCUUAUUUCAAAUGCAUCUGAUACAACAGCAAUCUUCUCAAAUUUGUAAAGUCAAGUGGCUUGAACCCUAGACAGUACUAAAUUUUCUUAUAUAAGGUCUGUCCAAUCAUUAAAACUAUGCCAAGAACAACAGUCUUCCAAGCUGUUUCACAUAAGUUAUGGGUUUUUUCCCUAGCAAGGGUUCUUUGGUCAGUUAGAACAAAUGUUGGGGGAGCAAAAAGAAUACAUCAGAACUGUUCUAAGGAAAAUAAGUAUUGCUUCAGACAUGAGUCCAAGACCUGUAAGUGACCUAUGCCACAAUGGAAAACAUGGACUAAAACACAUUAAGUACAAAUAAGAAAACAUGCAGUUUUUUCCCCCCCUUAGAUUAUUUUCACUCUAAAUUUCAUAUGUGUUUUCUCAUCUUCUUGCCUAUGGCUUGUUUUACCACUCAGGAGGAAAAAAUUCUUAAAUUUACAUUAAUUUUCUUGCUCCCAUUGGAUGGAUACCAUUUCUUAAAAAUGACAUGCAGAAAAGGCUUGGUUUGUGUUUUCUUUCUUUGUUUUCCCCAGACUCUUACUGUCCAUUCAGUAACCUUUCAUGCAUACAGUACAGCAUUCAGUUUUAAUCACCAAAUCAAAAGCAUGUGCUGUCCCUUCCUUAAUGUUGGAAUUCAUCUGUCCAUGUUGGAGAGGAUGGGGACAGAGAAGAGGAAAAGUUUUCAUUUUCUAGUUACCUGGCUUUUCAACUUUAGCAGUUCCCUUUGAGCAAUCAGUGCUAAAUCCUGUCACAGGCUGCUGCUGCAACACAGCUUCCUCACAGCAUUGUUGCGUUCCAUCCUGUCUCAGUAAGGCUCAGAUGGGGACAUUUUGUUGACACACAGAACCAGUUUUGAGCUUUCCCUCUCUGUUUUGUUGGUGCAAGUUUCUGUUUGGUACUCACUACCCUUAGCACAAUUACACCCAUUUCUCCGUUGUUUCUGUCCCAUUACAUACACCGUGCCUACUUCUAAAUGGGACUGUUCCAGCCAGUAUGAACACUGGCAUAACUUGCAAUGUUAAGGUGCUGUGUGUCUAAUGCAAUACACAUUCACAUACUUAGAGAUCUGAAACCCACAGAAGCUUGUUGAAAGACCAGAAAAAUCCCAUUACUGAUAGAACAGGGUCUAAGCAAAGAGCAAUGUGGGACACUACAUUACAUUAUGUGCUCAGAAGCCCCAUCGAGUUAGCACCUAUUAACAACUUACUAUGCAUCAGUUGCUCUGCAGAAAUUGUCAGCACGUAUUACUUUGCAUUUGCUAUAGGCAAACUCCAUGGAAGUUAGCUUAGCCUUCUCUCCUGUCAGAACAAGUCAUAUCACCAUGUAUUUGCUGCUGGCUAAGAGCCUAUUCAGCCCCAUGUCCACAUUUACCACGGUGCAAAUGAUACUUGCUAAACCCUGCUAACUUUAUCUCACAUCCAGGCCUCACACUGGGGAGAUGCUGCAAUAGCAAUAUGAUUUAUUUAUUCCUUAAUCACAGAAAUCACCUGCAAAGAGAUCCAGCUAGCAUGUCCAGGCGCUUUCUUCACAGGUCUCUCUCUUUCCUCUGAUCAAGUCAUUUGUCAAGUUCGUGCUCUUGUGGUUAUUUAGACAUCAGCUCCAGUUCAGCAUGACUGAAAACCAGGAUUUUCUUUCUGUUCAGUCAUCUCUUGACAUCUACAAAGAAUACCACCAUCCUCUUAGGGAGUGGGCAGGUUUGACUGGAAGUCUUCACAUUGUGGCAGUAUACGAACCUCUUCUGCACAUGAUCUGUGAUUUAACCUUUCCUAGCAGCCACCCUCCUGGCCAGUAAACUUUUUCAAGGUUUAGCCAUUUCCCUUGCUGUAAUAUCGCUUACCCCAUUGCCUAGAAAAAAGCAAUUAAAUUCUCAGUUGUACUCACGUGGAUUGAAAAUAGUGUUUUAAAGAUAACUCUGUUAGGCUGUCAUGUUCACCAUACAAUCUUCUUUAUUAUCCUCUCAGAAUAGACAAAUAGCCAAAUUUGGUAUUUUUGCAUACAGCCGCUUAUGUGAAAGUAUGUUUGCUUAGGAAACAGCAUCAUGUGGAAAACACCAAGGAGUAACAAUUGUGGGUACAGAACAGCAAAGUUGUCAUUUUGCAUAUGGCUAGGUAAGCUUACUGAAAUGACACUAAAGAAGUAAUAGAGAAAAAUUAGUCAUUUUUAUUUCUAACUGAAAAAAAUAGAAAAGUAAUUAAAAUAGUCUAGAAGAAGAAUAUACAAAUUCUCAAUCGCUAAUAUCACGAAGGAAAAAAUACCUGUCUAGAUUUCUCAAAAUAUUAAUGGGAAUAAAAUGGUUAAGUUGAUAUCUUAACUCCACAGAAGAUGAAACCUAUUGUUUUCCUUAUUUAUUUGCCAAAAGAAAAUGCUUCCAAAAAUUAUUGAACAGACUUAUUCUUAUGAAUUGCACUAGAAAUCAUGAGCCAAUUCUUUAAUGUGCAUUUAAGAAUAAUGGAAGGAAUAAAUAAUUAAUAGCACAUACAAUGUUGGGGUUUAUCUAACAGAUAACGGCCCACGAAAGGAAGAGUUUUAUUACAUUAGGGAAUCAAGUGGACUACAAUUAGUCUAAUGGUUAAAGCGUUACGAGUAUUUUGUAGUUCUCCACCAGUGCUGCUUGUAAGUAGAGAAGUGAACCUUGUUUUAGUGAAAAGCAUAUGAAAAAGAAAAUUACUCAGGGGAUUAAUUUAUCCCAGCGAUCUGUAAUCUGUUCACCAAUACUUUCUGUGGGGAUACCCACAGUCUGAUUCUUUUCUGAACUGUGGAGAAAUACCAAGAAUUCUUAGAAUAAUUUUACUUGUAGCCAUUACAGGUAGAAUCACCAGUAAAAUUACAAGAUCGAGCCUAAAUUACCAUCCAAACACAUUUUCAACAUUUUCAGCAGGACUACUAAUGAUUUUCUUUAGCGUACAUCAUCAGUAUGUUGUCAAAGCAGGAAGUAUACAAUUUUAUUAAAAUAGGCCUUGGGCAGAAAAGAAGUCAUAUGAAUGUGAAGUGUGUGGUAACAAAAAUUAAAGAAUAUUCAUUAGUAAUUAAGCCUCAGAAGAUAAUUAAGACUUUCAACUGUUGUGCUAUACUUUUCUUGUACCAAAAUUGGCACUGGCCUCCAGAAAGGUUUGCUCUAUGUUAUGCAGUACUUUAAAUGUAGUCUGCAUAAGCAAACAAAGAGGAAGAGUACUUACCACCUGCCAAAGAAAUUAAAGGCAGUUAUCAACAUUCAUUACAUGUCUCCACUGGCCCUCUCCCCACCUCAAAAAAAAAAAAAAAAAAAAAAAAAAAAUCACAACAGAGUACAUUAACCUUCAGCCUGCUGGAACUGUAUCUGACAGAAGUCAGCCUCGUGAUGCUGCGUAGCAUGAACAAAUCCACAACAUGGUGUUUUCCCAAAUACAGCCAAGACAAGACUUAUCACAGACUCUAAAUCUACCACAGGCCAAGCUGUUGCAGUGUUAUGGGCUGCAACCCCCAAGUUCUGGUGCUAGUUUCCUAGCCAGGAGCCCCCAGCUCUGGGCCAGGUGCCCCCACUCCCCACCACACCAGAAGCAUUGGUACAGUGGACUAGAAUCUCUUAACACCCAGUGUGAGAAGCACCCGAAUUGCCAAUUACUGACACUGCACUACAACCUUCUUGGCAUCUAAAGCAUUUAAUUCUUGAGUUAUGCUGGAGCAGGGUCUGCACUUAGACUUUGGCAUCUUUCACAGUCAUGACUGGAGGAAGGAGAGGUCCUCUCAGCAGCUAAACAGGUAGAUCUUAGACCUGGAGAGUCCUGAGGACAAGACUGAAUCCCUAUCUGGCACUUCUCAGGAAAUUUCCUUAGUCACCAGGCCAGAGGCUAGCUGGGAGGAAUGCCUUUCAUUGUGCCUGCUGAAAGGCUGUUAUUCUGAACAAACUAAUCCACAUUCAUUGGGCCAGGGAAGCAAGGCAUCACUUUGCAAUGCAACAAUUAAGGUAUCUAGCUGGGAGCGGGAAAUUUGAAUUUCAAUCCCUGUUACAAGACUGCUAUUCUAGCUGAUUACCAUAUAAUAUUAAAGUACACAAGCUGAGUUCCCUAAUAACCUAUUCAAAACCAUCCAUUACCCUGGAUACUGACAGGACACAGACUUGGCAGUCCUGUGCUGCUGCAUUUUUACUGCUAUUGAUACUCAAGUUACCUGGUACUAUUUCAAAUUAUUUACACCUGCUGCAAUCAUAUCUAUUAUUAAAGACAGACAUACACCCAUCUCAGCAUAGUUUCUCUUUUCAGCUCCUUCAGAGGCAUUUGUGGAGCCUAGUCCUGACUAAUUCCUCUUGACAAGAAAUAAGGAAAUAUAAAAAGCCACCUGUUACUCCAUUUCUUCCCUUUCCCACCUAUUGUGAUAUUCACCCCUUGCUCUGGUCUCUCCAAUUCUUACCCAUGCUUUAUUCCUCUUUGUGGUCUUGGUUACCUUCCCCCUCAACAUCCUUUCUCUUCCAUUUCUCUUCCUCAUGCAAGUUUUUUUGCCUUUCUUCCCUCUUCUUUCUCUUUUCCUUCCCUCCUUUUCCAACAUUAAGUGACAUAAUACUGCAGUCUUCCUCCUACAUUUAUGAAACUCAAAAUUCAUGGACCAGAAGAGUUGAGGAAGAAAAAAAAGUCAAAGAAGCAAAAGUCAUUUCAUGGCUACUUAGCAAGAGAAGAAAAGGCUGUGGCAAGGUUUUGGUUUUGAUCAGAACAACUGUUUCCCAACAGCUUUUGAUUAGAAUCCCAGGAAAAGGACUCCCAAGAGCAAAUGAAGCAAAAAAUGUAAAUUACACAGACAUCAGUGGCCUCUAAUUCCUUCUAUUUCCUUGCAUUGAGUCCUUGGCCACUCUGAAAUCCUCCUUGAUGACUUUUGACAAAAUUGUAGUGAUUUCAACUAUCACCAUCAACCUGAAUGCCAUCUUCCCAGGUGGGAAGAUAUUAAAGGAGUGCCAAUGCAUCUGUUCCUGAAUUCCCUCGUUAUUAUCUUAUUUUAAAAGAAUCCAAAUCUCUGGUUUUUAAAUAGAUUUUUUUUCUUCCCUUGAUUACUGCUGCAUGGAAGGCCUAGACAAACAACAAAACCAGGAAAAAUGAAAGAGCCAUCAGAGUGGAACGGUUGCAGCGAAUGCUGAAUGAACUGUGAUCUUUGGUGGGGUAAAGAUCAACACGACAAGCUUUCAGCUGUAGCGAUCGGUCGAUACUUUCCAGAUCAUCCCCACAGUGACAAAGACAGAGGCAUUUUUAAGUUGUAACUGAGAUUAGCCUCAGUACAUACAGUUGGAGCCAUGCCUGUGAGCUUUGCUAAAAGGCUGGCUAUGUAAACUAUCUAUCACCCAGUUCCACACGAGCAGUAAUCUAAUGACACCACAAAAGUCUCACGGUGUCCCUCGCUCCACACGUCCAGCCACAGCAGCGGGCGCAUGCCAGGGUGCUUCAGCUGUGCUGCCAAAGGGUUUGCCUCCCAAGGUCUGGAGCACUGUACAGACCCUCACUACAGAUCGGCAUUAUUUCCUCUUGGGGUGUCCCAGUCUUGUACGAUGCUCAGUCUGGCAGCCCAAAAGCGCUCUUGCUCUAAUCUGGCUCACUAGAUUUGCAGUCACGCGCUAACUGAAAGCCCAUGCAUAAUACUACUGACUCCGGCACACUCUGCAUGAGGCCCAUAAAGAUGGGCAAGAUUGCUUUCAUGGAUGGGAAUAAAAUAUUUUGUUUGUUACUACUAAGCUAACCACAAUAAAAAUAAAUAGCUCUCUUUCAUGUGGUGGUGAAA